GUUGCUUGGCUUGGCAUUGAUCCCUGUGGAUGCGGCGCACGACGACCUGCAACGACGAACAGGCACAACGUCGUCGACGCUUCGCAUCAGACGCCGCCGACCGACGGCGCGCCACCACCGCUCACCGCCCCCACGGCGAAGGAGGCUAACCACCGAAUCGGUUAUUGCCCCAACACGUGUUGCAGUGAUCGGACGUACAGCAUCGACCUUGUGCCGUUUCGCGAAGGGAGGUUUUGCGCCCAGCGCCGCGGUAUCUUGGUUUGUGUCUCACCCCGGGCUGCCCAAUCGUGUGCCUACGGACGUUUUCUCGUCGACGACACGCUGCCCCCUUGCCGGACUAUUAGAGUGGACUACUCGCUGAAGUUGGGCCUUUGGACCGUGUUGUGAAACGCCGAGUCGGAUCACCGCUGCCAGAAUGUUGCCAGCCGUCAUAUGUACCCUCCUGUUCGGUAUGGCGACCGCUCAGAGCUUCUACCUGCAGCAAGGUCUGGCGCCGCCAUAUAUGCCAUCUUCGGUGAUGCCCUACGCUCCGGCCGAGUCCAGUCCAAAGCCGUCCUUCUUCCGGAAGCCGUUCUUUUCUUCCGGGAGCAGUGGAGGAAGUCGACCGCCCGGGAAGGGCUUCUUCAGGCUACGCGCUCCGUCCUUCCUGUCGGGACUCCGGGGCUCGGCGAGCUCUCCCAGGCCGAGCUUCUUCUCCUUCGGCAGACCAUCACAGCAACAGCAGCAGCAUCAGCCGCAGCCCAUAUUCGCACACCAGAUCCCGGUACCGCCGCUUCAAGCAGCAGCGGCGCACGCUACGUUCCAGACACUCCCGAUGCCUGGAGGGCCGCGCUUCACUUUCGCACCUGAAGCCAUGCUACAGCAUGGGCCGACGCACAUCGCGCAAGCGACGGAAUUCGCCGAGAGCCAGAUCGACUCGGACCGGGCACCGGGAGGCUUCCCUGGGCUGUCGUCACUCUUCCAGCCACAGGCUAGCGAGUCGUUCGGCUCCUCGGUUGGGGACCAGGACAGCUUCCAGCAACAGGUGAACUCUGUCAUGCAGAUCUCACCGUCGUCAAGCGGCCCUUACGGCUUCAAGACGGAAGGGUCGAGUGUCUACAACGGAAUUAUGACAGCUCAACUCGGAGUGCCCGUGAGCUUGUCGAACUACGGCGACGGCCCUGUGGCUAUUCCUGUCGGGGCGACGAGGGGCCAGCAGGGAGGAGAGGGAUCAGGAUCGGACUCGCAGAGCUAUACACCUUCCGCAGAAAUCUACACACAGUCGCAGGGAUCCAAUGGGCAGAAGACGCAGUCGUCGUCAGCUGACCAGCAGUACAGCACGUACGCUGCAGCAUACCAAGCUCAGCCGGCCUCGGCAGGGUACGGCCAGAGCAGCUCCUCGGGUACUCGCUACUCGUCGGCGCCUUCUUCGGACCCCACCAUAGCUUUCUACACGCCUCAAUCUAGCUCCGGCUACAGCGGUUCCCCUCAGACUUAUACGCUUUCGUCUGGGGGUGGAUACGUCAGCUCUUCUCCAUCGGCAUUUAUCAGUGGACUCACGAGCGGCUAUGAAACAAGCAUCACGAAUCACGGAUCAGGAUCGAGCAAAUAUGGGCCGGCCUAUAGCCUCGUAGGAAGCGGAAAUUAUCCCACGUCCUCUUCCGGAAGUUAUGGUAGUUCCCAACCAUCGUCAUACAGUUCCUCCAGUGGUGCCUACAGUCCGUCAAGUUACGGCAGUUCGGCGAGCCGCUACACGGUGCCAACUAGAACCUACACUUCGAGCCAGCCGUCGUCCGGGUACUCAUCGGCGUACUCUAGCGGAUCGCCAUCCAAGUACAGUACCACAGGAAGCGCCUACUCAAGCGGCUACGGUAGCAGCUCGUCGUCAUCGCUCCCGAGCUCAUCCGUAGCGUACGACAACUCUCAAUCAAACUACGGCUCUUACGGACAGCGUUAUCCUUCGUCCGCUUACAGCACCUCUUCGCAGUCAGCUUAUUCGCCGAAACGACCGGCCACGAACUACGCCAGCACCUCGACGUCCUACAAGAACUCGCAGGCAGCUGCAGCUGUAGCACAGGCCCUCAAGGCGUACGCAGCCGGGAACGCAAAGUACGGGUCUACAAAGACCUCGUCUCCGAGCACGGACAGCUCCUACUCUACUUCUUACAGCGCAUCGUCGGGCUCGUCGGGCUACGGGGACAAGAGUGCCGCAGCACCGUACUUUAGGGCCAAGACGUCGUCGUCAACGUACAAGUACGGCGACGCUUCUUUAGGCUAUACAGACAGCGGCAGUGACACCGGAAGCAGCGGAAGUAAGACGUCAUCCAAGUCGUCAUAUGAUCAGAGGACCGUGGGCCAGACCCUUCGGGUCAGCGGAGACAACGCGAGCAGUAGCGACGCCUACACGACGUCAACGAGAACCACGAGCAGCACACCCAGUAAAUCGAGUACAGUGUAGGCCUGGUCUAUAAUGGCGCCGUUAGGUUGAGAGGCACAAAGGUGCGAUAAUGAUGAGAUCGGGAACAGUACCAUACCUCGCUCAAACGCUUUCAUGUCGUAGCUUUGAAUAAAAGCCGUAGCAGCGGUCACGAAUAGAGUACCGACGAAAAAAAAUAAGAAAGAAAAAGUAAUACCUGCAGGGUGGUCACCCGAUUUCUUUUUUAUAGUCCACCUCCAAUUUUCUAGCGUAACUUGGGCUCGUUGGAUGCCUUUUCAAUAUAACGACCAUCUGACAUUUCUUAACGUUUGAUUAUACUAGCCGGCAGGGCCGGGUGCUUUCUGACGUCAUAAAAGCGCUUAAUUCACGCAUUUCAGCUGUCGUUACAUGUAUUUUAACAAUUUUGCUUCCUUCGGUCAUUCUUCGUGAAUCGCAAACACGAAAUCUGGAACUAUUUUGCGUGCUACUCACAUCGAACGAAAUGGUCCCACCGGAGCUAUACAUUCGUAAGAAUGUAAGCAGGAGAAAAGUUUUCAGCGAGACAUUCCUGAACGAAAUCCUGCCGUUCCACAUAGCUCGCUCACUGGCUAAACGAGGGGAUAAAUUUUCGCAGCACUUCGGCAGCUGGCCUGCGGCGGUGUACACCAGUCAUACUUUUGCAUCGAACGUACAAUAGAACUAAGGGCAGUGUUGGAAAAUGCGUCGACUAUGUCACUGUGUGCCUCUCAACCUAGUAGGCGCGGGAAUACAAUUUACAAGGAAAGAAUGGGAACGGGUAGACGAGCCGGUCAGCCUUCAGAGUUUUGGCCUUUCGAGGCGGUAGUGAUGUGAGAGAAGAAGACGAAGAAGAAGAAAAAAAAAUGUACAUACCGAGAACGCUCCCAAGGAGCUUACUUCAGGUCUAACGCUACCUGUCUUUGCUGUCCAUUCCUUGCUUAACGCUCUUUCAGUGACGUCUUCACCUACCCCUCUCAGUCAACUCCUUCCUCUCAAUUAUUUCGUUGCGCAGAAGAGAAAAAAAUUCAUCUUCAUCAUACCCUAAUGAGAGAGCGAGAGAGACACCUACCAAUUACAUGAAAUCAGCGCCCUACUCGAGGUCACCAUGUCGUGUGUGUGUUAAGCUUACCUCUUUAUUAUUGUUUUUUUUUCGAGUGCUUAUAGUGCCCUAUUUAUGACAUACUGAUCGUUUCCUGCCUCCGUUCAACACCUAAUGUCUAUCUGUAGUUAUUUUUUUUCUUUUUAUAUACGUGUAUGUAAGCAACUUGUAUUUCCUGUUUGAAUCCGUGUCAGUGGGGCGAGAAGAAGAGAAGCAGGUGGACGCCUACAGUAUACAUGCAUUACCUCUACUUUGAAUGACCGUUUACUUUUUUUUGUCGCCAUUUUUUAUUUAUGCCGAAGAAAAAUAAACAAAAAUACAUCUAACGAA